CAUUUUCAUACCGAUUUCGUAGCCUUCACCUUUUCAUUCGGUGCUGUGUCGUCUGUGUGCCGUCAACUGGCAGCCAAUGACUUUGUCGAGGCUGCCGGGGAUAUGCAACACCAUGCUUCCGACCAAACGUUGCUACCCCACCGAGACGUGGCACACUUACAGCUGUACACUGAAAAUGGCCUAUGUUUCCAACGGCAGAAAUGUACAGAAAGGUGAAGGCCUUACCGUACAUGAAUUUGCUCCAGUGCGGAUUAUCCUAGACUCAUGCGUGCUACGCUGCUUCUGCAGCUUCAAGUCAAAUUGCAAGGUGAGUGGUUGCCACUGAGCUUCACAUGGGCCACAAGAACGAGUUUGAAGAUUAGAUGGCCUCACAGCUGCCGCCUCGUCUCAUCGUGCAUACAGCCAUAUAAUGGUACCUUUUCCCUUCUGUCUUGCAGAGCAUAACAUUCUCUUCACUCGCGCUUCUAUUCACUUGCGAUCACUUCAUCAUUCCCUCUCUACACAUCUCUCUCAAGCACCAAAACCCUCACCGCAUCAAUGAUUCCCACCAUUGAAGUCUCCCACCUCCCCUCCUCCUCCUCCUUCUACGCCGCCGUCACCCAACCCCUCGGCAUCCACUUCCUCUGCGCCUCCCCCUCCUCCCCUCACUCCCUACACUUUGGCAUCCCCGCCCAACCCUCCGAAAUCCUCUUCACCCUCACCGAAUCCCACUCCCCCCGCCCCUCAACCCUCUCCCUCACCGCCUCAAACUCUACCCAGGUCGCCAACUUCCACGCCCUCGCCCUCGAGUCAAACACCCGCCACUCCACAAACCUCAUCCAGCACUCCGCCGACACCUCAGUCGCCAAAACAACAGACCAUGACGGCAACAUGCUCGAGGUCCGCUACGCGCGUAGCACGCCCCGCCGCGGCUCUGUCCACGCGGCGCCAACUACUAUCACCACCGCCUCGACUGCAAAGGAGGCCCGCAGAGUCCUAGACUGGCAGCGCGACGUUGCUCGCUCCAUCUCCUCCCAAUCCCCCACUCAAAGCCGCGACGGAAGCCCCGAGCGGGCCAUGGUCCUCGCACAGCCAGUGCAGGAGGAGGCAGCACCAUCGCAGGUCGCGCCCCCAACAGAGGUACCAGACGCGCGCCCCGCCCUCCUCAGAAGCGCGACUACGCCCAUGAUGACGGCUAUGUACAAUGAAGUCUCCUCCGCCCUACCCGAGCGCAUUGGAGAGGGCCUCUCUGCCCAGGCUAUCAUCGGGACUAUCCUCGGCGCUGCAGCUGGCGCUGCAGUUGCCUACGCCAUGGUUCGCAGCGAGGAGCCAGAGCCACAGCGUCCACAGCUCGUAACCUAUUUCUCCGCCCCCGCUGCGCAGUUUCCACAGCAGGCGCCUGUCAUGGAGGUAGCGCGCUCCAAGGCGCCGUCGAUGGGCGGGUCAAGGGUGGGGAGUGAGAGGAGCCAGGGCGGGCAGCGGUACGUGCUUCGCUACAAUGUCGCGAGCAAUGCUGGUACCAGUCGGGGAGGGAGAGAGGGCGUGCUCCAGCCAGUAGACGAGAGGAGGAGUAUGAGUUACUCCGCCUACGACGGCGGACGGAGCCAAGCACCCGCGCCUAGCCAGGCUUCGACGGCGAAACAAUCCCGUUAUACUGAGAGGGAUGUUGGAUAUGAGAAGCCCGUUACGGUUGUUAGUGCGUCCCGCCACUCUGAGGCGGGGAGGCACUCUGAGAGUGGAAGAAGCCAUGUGAGCAAAAGGAGCGAUUCGACUAUCAAACCCGCACGCACGAGCUCGAAAGCCGGAACGGAACGCCGUGACCAGACUGUGGUGAGCAUGAAGAGUGACAGGAAGAGCACGACUGUCAGCGAGCGGGCGCGCAGGGUGCCGCUCCCGGAGAGCGUGAUGGGGGGGAGUAUGGCGCCUAGUGAGCGCGCGCGAAGGGUGCCGCUGCCGGAGAGUGUGGCGGGGAGCGUGGCACCGAGUGAUAGUAUUAGUAAUAUUGGGAUGAGGAGCCAUUACAGCAGGCGGGAUGUGUAUUGAUCCCUGAGGAUAUAGGUAGGGACAGAAGAAUUUUUUGACAGGAAACUUUGGACGACAGAACAGCACAUAUCAGGGAUGGACGGAUGGGACUCGCGAUCUCACGACGGGAGUGGGGUGGGAUGGGAUGGGCGUUUGCGAAUUCGAAUCUACUUCAACACUUCCGGUUCUCUAUCGGCAUUUUUUCUUUUGUUUGACGAGAGGUGGUGUGGCUUUUGAGCUUUGAGUUGUGGUGUUUGUUAUAGGAGUGGAUUUGUCCAAAAGACUAAUAUUUUUAACUCGUUAUAUUCGUGCCAUAUGCCCCUUUUGUCCUGCUACUGUUGACC